ACUGUGAUAAUAUUGUACAAAAUAUCAUUUUACAACUAUUUCUGAUGUCUGUUAAAGGGACUGUAUAAACGUAAUAUCAUUGUCAAGUUACUCCCUAAUAAAGAGUUGCAUCUCUGAUAUAUAACGUUUGAAUCGGGUAUUCUUCUCUUUACUUAAUACUUAAAAUGACCACAACAGUUUUUUAAGUUAAUUUUUUAUUUUGCUACGCUGUCAAACUUAUUAUUCAAAAGUCUAAAAAAAGAAUCAACAUUUGAUAUAUUUUAUUUUUCAUUUUGUUAAUGAAAACUAAACAUAUGUAUUUCAGAUGAGAAUGGCAUGAUGAAUGGUGAUGAAGGUGUGCAGAACACGAACGACGAUGCUACUGCGUGUAAGCUGUCAGCUGUGAAGCUGGGGUACUGGUCCGACCCCUACCUGUCUCUCAUGGUAAAGAGCGGGGUGAAGAGGGCCCCUGAGAUUCACCUGGGCUACUAUGCCAGGGUUACAGGAUUCAGGUAUCUCAUUGAUAAAUUCUUUGAUGCUUGUGACACGAAGGUUCAAAUGAUAAACCUCGGGGCCGGGUUCGAUACCCUCUACUGGAAGCUGAUUGGGGAGGGGAAACCCGUGAAGAACUUCAUCGAGGUAGACUUCAGUGGUGUCACUGCGCGUAAAUGCUACCUGAUAAAACGCCACAAAGAACUUCUAGCUCAGGUAGCGGAUUCAGAAGGAGAAGUGAGGCUAAGUAAAACAGAUUUACACGGGAACAG